UUUAGAUAACUACUCAGUUUGCGCUAGUCAUAUCACGUAUUUUUUGUGACGUGUCGUCAUCACCAGGGUCGUUGAUUUUUGUCGAAGAAAACAUGAUUUGAAAAGUGAAAGUGAUGUACAGUGAAAUAGUUUUAUUUUAAUUGUGGUUAUUCAGUGCUACAAUAGAAAUGAUCAAAUGCCUAGUCGAAGAAAUAAUAACACCGAACGUGCCAGUUCGUCAGGCUAUAUUAGUAGACCGCGCAGUAAUACUUGGUCGAACAAUGCAGCAAACAGCAGUCGAUCUGCAUCAGCAUCAGUCCCAAAUUACGAUCUAGGUGCAAGAGGCCCUAGGAGAUCUUUAUGGAUUAGUGAAGAACCUACAAGCAAGUUACGCCUUAGAGUCAUUUGUGCUAAAAAUCUUAUGAAAAAGGACAUUUUUGGGGCAAGUGAUCCAUAUGUAAGAAUUGAUUUAAAUAGCGUUAAUGGUGAUGAAACAAUUGAUUCUGUCCUUACAAAAACAAAGAAAAGGACUCUUAGUCCUGAGUGGAAUGAGGAAUUUAUAUUUCGGGUUAAACCAGGAGAGCACAAGUUGGUAUUACAAGUUUUUGAUGAAAACCGGUUAACAAGAGAUGAUUUCUUGGGUAUGGUUGAACUUCCCUUGCUAAAUUUACCAAAAGAACAACCAGAAAGAAAUAUACCACCUGUCAAGUAUUUGCUGCAACCCAGGAGUGAUUUCAGUGCCCGUUCAAGGGUGAGAGGUCAUCUGGAACUAUACCAUGCGUUUUUGUUUGAUUCAAAUCUACCUCCAAUAGCUGCUCCGGAAGAACCAAGCGAUGAACGAGAUUGGGAGAUCGUCCACGAAGGAAGAGAGGAAGAAGCAGCGCAGCCCUUAUACAUCACUCCAACGACAGAAUCGCAGCCAAGUACGUUGCCAUCUGGUUGGGAAGAAAGACAAGAUGCCAAUGGACGAACGUACUAUGUCAAUCAUAUAGCAAGGACUACUCAGUGGGAGAGACCAACAUUAAGCAAUCAGGAUAUUCACAGUGGUGAAACCGAAGAGCAAAGAGAAGUAUUUGAACGUCGUUUUCACAUAAGUGCCGAUGAAGAAUCAAACGAUCGUGGUGAUGUAUCUCAGGCCGACGUACCAGCAAUUAUAGUCGAUCAAGAGCCAGAAGACAGUAGCAGACAAAUGACACGACUCGAUGAAGAAGAUGACGAGGAUGGAGAGGUAGUAGUAGAGGAGAGAGAAAAUAGGCUAAGUGUCAGAUCUAAUGUAUGUGGUACUGAAAACCGAAAUAGUGUCGCAUCCGAUAUCUGUGAUACUGAUUACAAUGCUUCCGCAGAAAGUAGUGAUAGCAGUAGGAGAAGUUCUAUCGACAUGCCCCAAUAUCAGCUAAAUCUACAAGACGCUAAUGGAAAUGGAACUGACGAUGAUGAGAGUGACGAUCAACAUGAUAGUUUAUCAAAUAAUUCGUCCAGAAGAGACUCGACCGUUUCAACGUCAACUAGCAAUUCUCAAAAUAAUCUUGAUACUUUGUCAGAAGGUUUGCCCGCAGGUUGGAGUAUUCAACGUGCGCCAAAUGGCCGUCUGUUCUUUAUUGAUCAUAAUGAACGGACAACGUCUUGGGUAGAUCCCAGAACUGGACGAGCUAGUCCGAUGCCUAAUCAACCGGCAGCUCCAGUAAUCACUAAACGGCCAGAUGAUGAUUUAGGUCCGUUGCCUGAAGGAUGGGAGGAACGAGUACAUUCCGAUGGAAGAAUAUUCUUCAUUGAUCAUAAUACAAGGACCACACAAUGGGAAGAUCCUAGAUUGUCUAAUCCUCAAAUAGCAGGACCUGCUAUACCUUAUUCCAGAGAUUAUAAGAGAAAAUAUGAGUAUAUGAAAACUCAACUUAAAAAACCAAACAACGUUCCAAAUAAAUUUGAGAUUAAAAUAAGAAGGAGGAGUAUAUUAGAAGAUUCUUACCGGGUUAUAACAUCAGUAUCUAGAAUAGAGUUGUUGAAAACAAAAUUAUGGGUGGAAUUCGAGGGAGAAGUAGGAUUAGAUUAUGGCGGCUUGGCUAGAGAAUGGUUCUACCUAUUAUCAAAAGAAAUGUUUAAUCCGUAUUAUGGUCUCUUUGAAUAUUCUGCAAUGGACAAUUACACAUUACAAAUAAAUCCGUUCUCAGGACUUUGCAACGAAGAUCAUCUCAGCUAUUUUAAAUUUAUAGGACGAGUAGCAGGCAUGGCCGUUUACCAUGGAAAAUUAUUAGAUGCGUUCUUUAUAAGACCUUUUUAUAAGAUGAUGUUGACGAAAAGUAUUGAUCUAAAAGACAUGGAGUCGGUUGAUUCUGAAUACUAUAAGUCUCUUUUAUGGAUAAAGGAGAAUGAUCCAUCGGAUUUAGAUUUAACGUUUUCUGUAGAUGAAGAAUCAUUUGGUCAUACAUCAGUACACGAACUUAUCGAAGGAGGAGCAGACAUCAAUUUAGAUAAUUCCAACAAAGAUGAUUACAUUAAAUGCAUAAUCCAAUGGAGGUUUGUGGGAAGAGUACAAGAACAAAUGAACGCUUUUCUAGAAGGAUUCAGUGAUUUAAUACCAUUAAACCUUAUUAAAAUCUUCGAUGAACACGAAUUGGAAUUAUUGAUGUGCGGUAUUCAACAUAUUGAUGUGAAAGAUUGGAAAGUCAACACAUUGUACAAAGGAGAUUAUCAUGCAAAUCAUAUUGUUAUUCAAUGGUUUUGGAGGGUUGUGUUAUCAUUUAGUAAUGAAAUGCGGGCUAGAUUGUUACAAUUUGUUACUGGAACCUCUAGAGUACCAAUGAACGGCUUUAAAGAAUUGUACGGCAGCAACGGGCCGCAGUUGUUUACAAUAGAAAAAUGGGGAACACCAGAUAAUUUUCCACGUGCUCAUACCUGUUUCAAUCGACUAGAUCUUCCUCCCUAUGAAAGCUACACACACUUAAAGGAUAAACUAAUUAAAGCUAUCGAAGGUUCGCAGGGCUUUGCAGGUGUCGAUUAGUAUAUAUAAUUAAUCUAAAAUGUUGCAUUUUACCUUAAAAAAUCUGUCCAAUACUGGUAAUUUAAGUUUUAUUUAUAGUCUAUUGAAUUAUACAUAUAUUAUAUAUUUUAUAGCUAUAUGUAAGUUGUUGUUUUUAUUCUGUAUACUUUGUAAAUAAUUCAAGUCUAUUAUUAUAUAUUAAUCGAUAUC